UCCGCCAUUGACCCUAGCUGAGUGCUUCUCGUACCAACACGCGGACCGACUGCGGGAUGAACAGCCGGCUGGAGACAAAAUCACAGCCACUUUUGGAUGACCCGCCUGCCCAUAGGGAUCUGGUUUCAAGGACAUAGGCUCAAGUCCUUGACAGCUCAAGUCCAACUGACAGAUACCGCAGAAAACGGAAAGACUUGGGCGGGCGGGCUGGCGAUUGGCUGCGGUGCCAGAAGCGGAAGCCGGAAACUGGUUCGGUGGCCCCCGGGAUGACUGAAGCGGCGGCUGUGACGGCCGAGUCCCUUGCGGGUAGCAGGGCGCGGGCGGCGCGCACCGUGCUGGGUCAGGUGGUGCUGCCGGGUGAGGAGCUGCUGCUGCCGGAGCAGGACGAUGCCGAAGGCCCGGGAAGUGCGGGGGAGCGACCGCUGCGCCUAAAUGCCGGCGUACGCUCCCGGGUGCGCGUUGUGUGUGGUCCGGGCUUGCGGCGCUGUGGCGACCGCCUGCUGGUCACCAAGUGCGGCCGCCUCCGUCACAAGGAGCCCAGCGGCGGCGGCGGCGGCGUUUACUGGGUGGACUCGCAGCAGAAACGGUACGUCCCAGUGAAAGGAGACCAUGUGAUUGGCAUAGUGACAGCUAAAUCUGGAGAUAUUUUCAAAGUGGAUGUUGGAGGGAGUGAGCCAGCUUCUUUGUCUUACUUGGCAUUUGAAGGUGCAACUAAAAGAAACAGACCAAAUGUGCAGGUUGGAGACCUCAUUUAUGGACAAUUUGUGGUUGCUAAUAAAGAUAUGGAACCAGAGAUGGUGUGUAUUGACAGCUGUGGACGAGCCAACGGAAUGGGUGUGAUUGGACAGGAUGGCCUGCUCUUUAAAGUGACUUUGGGCUUAAUUAGAAAGCUGCUAGCUCCAAACUGUGAGAUCCUACAGGAGUUGGGAAAACUCUACCCUCUGGAGAUAGUGUUUGGAAUGAAUGGAAGAAUAUGGGUGAAGGCGAAAACCAUUCAGCAGACCUUAAUUUUGGCAAAUGUUCUAGAAGCUUGUGAGCACAUGACAGCAGAUCAAAGAAAACAGAUCUUCUCCCGACUGGCAGAGAGUUGAUCUGUGUGGACUUUUUAAGGGGUCAGUUGAGCCAAGAAACUGGAUUCCCUGGGGGAAAUUUUUUUCAGGGGACCCUCUCUCCAUUAAAUCUUCAGAAGACAAGAUAUUGUCUUUAAGUUAGAGUUAAAAAACCUUUUUAUAAGAAAGUCACUGUUUGCCACCCAUGUUCUUAUGGGUGAGAAAAAUCAUUGUAAAGGUGUAUUUGUUGUCUUUACAAUAAAGUUUACUGAAAGUUA